AUGCAUCAGUUGAAGCACUUGGCAUUCAAUCAUCAAUCAUUGGAACAAUCCAAAGUGGAUGCUGUCAAACACUUUGAUGAUUGGAGAGUGUUCAUCAAUGAGUUGGAGAAGAGUGUCGUUGGCAAACUGGACACACAGAUCAAGAAGAACAAUGACACAAUUCAAUCGAUCAUUGGUGAACUUGGUCGAAUCAACACAAUUCUCACCAACACUGACAAUGGAAGUGCUCGGAUCGAUGUCGAUGAUGCCCAGUUGAUUCAUUGGAUCACAACCCUCUCAAACGGAGAGAUCAUUGAGAAAGUGUUCCCACCUCUGCCACAUGAUGACAUCAUGGCACUCAACAAUCAUGACCUGUUGUCGAGAGUGAAGUAUCAUCUCAUUGAAUCAGAGACAAUCAAGUAUGAUAAUCCAGUCACAAUUCGUGUUGAUUCAAUCGAUCAAUCCAGAACCGGGUUUACACGUCAUCAGUUUAUGCAAGAGGCAAUAUAUAUGUAUUUGGCAGUCAACAGACAUUCUCCCGCUUCUCAAUGA